CGAGCCAGCGUCAGACAGAGUCACGCUCUUCUGGAAACCGCACGCUUUUUCCUCUGCUCCGGUCGCCUCGUUUUCCCAUCGCACACCAUCCUGCAACAGCAACACACACUCUCGCCCAGCAGUCGCGGUCAAAAAGAAAACAAAAUCAAAAUCGGCGCAAAAGAGGAAUAUCUUUUGUAUUCCUAUUGUGUAUAUAGUGCAAAUAAUAUAUUAACACAAGUAAAACCAGAAAAAACACCGCAACUAUUUUUGUGAAUUUUGUUUUGCUCUGUGCCGAAAGAGUGAAUAAAAGAAAAGCCGCAAUAAAUCAAAAAAUCUCUACGUUUGUUAUACACACCUAAGUGUCCUGCAGGAAGGACAUCGGGCCCAUUUAUGCCCCCCGCUGUUUCCACGGAUUGAAGGAUUAUUCCCAAUUGCCACAUUUCAACGACAUCACAUCGUGUUUGCGUGAUUUGAACAUAAGAAUUCUCGCAGAGUUCUCUAAACGAUCUUAAAGACUCUACAAAAUGGGCGAACUCGAAGAGAAGGAAACGCCGCCCACUGAGACGACAGCCGCCCAGCAGGAGGCUCUCGAGGAGCCCAAGGAAACGGACAAAAUGCUGGACAAAAAAGAGGACUGCAAGGAGAAGACACCCAGUCCGCAGACCUCGAAGCCCGCAUCUCCCAGUGCUGGCAAGAAAUCCUCGCCAGUGGCCGAGAAGAAACUCGAAGAUGCCGAACCAGAGAAAUCCAAACCAGGAAAUGGAGAGGAAAUCAUUGAUAUUCCCGCCGAGAAUGGCACAAAACCCGAGGGCGCCGAUGAGAAGAAGAUCAGCAAGGAGGAGCGCGAGGUGAAGCCCAAGAAGAUUCCGAUCGGAGGUCUCAAGCUGCCCGGUUUCUUCAUGAAGAGCAAGCCCAAGGCGGAGGGCGAUGGAGCCGAAGGGGAGUUGCUCGAAAAGGAGGAGGAUAAGGAGAAGGAGGAUAAUGGAGAAGCCGCCACCGCAACCGGCAAGGAUGAUCAGAAAUCUCGUCCUGGUCUGGGAGAGCGCCUGCGUAACUUCUUUGCCCGCAAACCAUCCGCCGAGAAGGAAAAGAAGCAGCUGGUGAACGGCGAUGCCGAUGCCAAGUCGGAAGCCACCGCUGAGGCUACGCCCGGCGAUGAUGCCUCCGAUGCUCCGCCAAAGCGUGGCCUCCUGAACGCCAUCAAGCUGCCCAUUGCCAAUAUGAUACCGAAGAAGAAGGGCAACGAUGAUGUGGAGCUGGGCCUGGGCAAGGCGGGUCUGGCCUCGAUGGAGACGCUGGAUGAUUCGCUGAAGGAUCAGGACACGGUGGAUCGGGCGCCCGUCAAGACCAACGGCACCGAGGAGCUGAAGGACGAGCUAAAGGACGAGAAGUUGGCGGCCGAGGAGAAGCUGGCCGCCGAGGAGGAGGAGCAGAAUCGCCCAGUCUCCCUGCUAACUCGGUUGCGCGCCUACCGUUGCAGCGUGGACGAUGCCCUGAUUGUCUUUGGCAUCCUGCUGUUCGUGCUCCUGCUGGCCGUGAUUGGCUAUGUGCUGACCCACGAAACGUUGACAACGCCGCCGCUGCGAGAGGGACGCUUCAUCACGGCCGUGACGGGCUGUGGACCCGUGGAGGGUGUGAAAGAGGAUGGAGCCUUCGCUUUCCGUGGCAUUCCGUAUGCAAAACCACCGGUGGACAGGCUGCGAUGGAAGCCGGCCGAGCUGAUCGAUGACAUUGAUAUGUGCUGGAACGAUACGCUGCAAACGCACAACAGCAGUGUGGUGUGCACGCAGCGAUUGGGCAAUGGCACCACGGUGGGCGAUGAGGAUUGCCUGUACCUGGAUGUGGUCACUCCCCAUGUGCGUUACAACAAUCCAUUGCCCGUGGUGGUCCUGAUUGGCGCCGAAUCUCUGGCUGGUCCUUCGCCGGGUAUCCUUCGUCCAUCGGCUCGCUACUCGCGAUCGCACGAUGUGCUCUUUGUGCGUCCCAACUUCCGUUUGGGUGUCUUUGGCUUCCUCGCUCUGGAUGCCCUGACCAAGGAGGCUCAUCCGCCCACUUCCGGGAAUUAUGCGCUCACCGACAUCAUUGCUGUGCUCAAGUGGAUCAAGCUGAAUAUUGCCAACUUUGGUGGUGACCCGAAAUCUGUGACUUUGCUGGGUCAUCGCGCCGGAGCCACUUUGGUCACGCUUUUGGUGAACUCGCAGAAGGUCAAGGAUCUGUACACCAGGGCCUGGGCUUCCUCGGGAUCGGCUAUACUGCCUGGCAAGCCGCUCAGCGAAUCUGGCAAGCUCAACGAGCAGCUGAUGAACACGGUCGAGUGCACGGAUGUGCAGUGCCUGCGUGAGGCAUCCAGCGAGCGUCUGUGGGCCGCCACUCCCGACACCUGGCUGCACUUCCCCGUGGAUCUUCCCCAGGCGCAGGAGGCGAAUGCCAGCGGCAGCCGACACGAAUGGUUGGUCCUCGACGGCGACGUGGUCUUCGAGCAUCCCUCAAACACCUGGAAGCGUGAACAGGCCAACGAAAAGAAUCCCAUACUGGUAAUGGGCGCCACGGCUCACGAGGCGCACACCGAGAAGCUGCGCGAGCUGCACGCGAACUGGACGCGCGAGGAGGUGCGUGCCUAUCUGGAGAACUCCCAGAUUGGAGUUUUGGGCCUCACCGAUGAGGUGAUCGAGAAGUACAACGCGAGCAGCUAUGCGUCGCUCGUUUCCAUCAUCUCGGACAUACGCAGCGUUUGCCCGCUGCUGACGAACGCGAGACUGCAGCCCAGUGUGCCCUUCUAUGUGGUAACCCAGGGCGAGGGAGCCGAUCAGCUGGCCACCGUGGAUGCCGAUGUCCAGGCCAUUCUGGGUCGCUACGAGCCGCAUACCGUCGAGCAGCGUCGCUUUGUUUCGGCCAUGCAGCAGCUGUUCUACUAUUAUGUUUCCCACGGAACGGUUCAGUCGUUCGUCCAGAACCGCAGGGUCAUCAAUCUGGGACAGGAUGCGCUGCCGCAGGAGGACUACUCGCCCUGCAACUACUGGAUCAGCAAGGAUAUAGUGCCGCGGUAUGCGCGCGUCGAUUAAGCCAACCAAAAUCCCGAAAAUCUAAUCUGGGAAUCGAUUAUCUCAUACAGCCUUGUGGCGGCUUCCAUUUCUACUAAAUCUAA